UGCAGGUGAGAAGGGCUUUAGGAAAAUGAUGCUGGGAUGUAGGAACAUUACUAAAAAGCCCCAGUCCUGUUUUGAUACUAUUGGCGGGAGAGAAGGAAAGGUUUAAUAUUGUGGUGGCACAUUCAUGAGUUUACUAACUAUGGCUACUUCUUACCCACAACUCUUCCCCUCUAAUUCUUGCUAAGCAGCAGAUAGCAUGGAAGUUGACCUCAGAGAUGACCACGGGCACAAUAUCCCUGACUCUCCACUGUGUGUUUAGUUUUGCAGGAUACCAAGCUGGGAACUGUGAGCCAAACCCUAUGGUCAAACUGAUUCUUCGGGUGCUCAUGGCCCCCAUCCCUAUCACCCUAUUAAUCAUUGGCCUGACUAUCUUCUGCUUCUACCCCAUUGAUGAGGAAAGGAGGAAGGAGAACAGAGCAAAGAUGGAGGCAGCCAGGGACCCAUUAUGCCAGCAGUUAUGAUCCCAGAAACUAAUUCCAAAAGGGAGCUCAAGUGCUACUUUGCGUGAUCAUGAGGAUGCUGGUACAACUGAAGGAAUGAUA